GCAAAAUUAAUGGCGAAAUACCAAGUUGCUACAAUGAGAAACCAAACAACUCUGUUCUAUCUUCUUCUCUUUGUAUUCAACUCUUUAACAUCAGCUUUUUCAGCUAGAAUUUCUCUUACAAGAGGCUCUUCUUUAACUGUAAAAGAUGCUUCAAACACAGAUGAUUUCCUCACUUCCCCUGACAACACCUUCACCUGUGGAUUCUACAGUAUUGGAACCAAUGCUUAUUGGUUCUCAAUCUGGUUUACAAAUUCAACUGAUAAAACAGUUGUUUGGACAGCCAACAGAGACAAGCCUGUUAAUCGACACGGCUCACGGGUAUCACUAAGACACAAUGGUGUGAUGGUAUUGACAGACUUUGAUGGCUCAACAGCUUGGGAAACAAAUACUACAGUAUCAAAUGUUGAUAGAGCUGAGCUUCUCGAUACAGGAAACCUUGUUAUAAGGGAUAAUGGUGGUAAUAUUCUUUGGCAAAGUUUUGAUUUUCCUACUGAUACUUUGCUUCCUCAUCAACUGUUUACAAAGAGUACAAGAUUGGUGUCUAGUAUUGGUCCUCGGAUUUUUGGUUCUGGUUAUUUUGUAUUCUUUUUUGAUAGUGAUAAUUCGCUAAAAUUGAUAUAUGAUGGUCCUGAAAUUUCAAGCAUUUAUUGGCCUAAUGUUGCUUUUACUAUAUAUCAGAAUGGCAGAACGAAUUACAAUAGUAGUAGGAUUGCAGUACUUGAUGAUAUGGGCACUUUUUCUUCAAGUGAUCAGCUACAGUUUAGUGCUUCAGAUUCUGGUGCAGGUGGUCAUGUUAGGAUUAGGAGACGAUUAACGUUGGACUACGAUGGGAAUUUGCGGGUUUAUAGUUUGAAUGAGUCGUCUGGGUUAUGGAAUGUAACAUGGCAAGCGGUGGCAAAACUGUGUGAUAUCCAUGGUGUUUGUGGUAGAAAUGGUAUAUGUGUUUAUACGCCGGAGCCAAAAUGUAGUUGCCCUCCUAACUAUGAGCCAACUGAUUUAAGUGAUUGGAGCCAAGGGUGCAAGCCAAAAUUCCAUAGGAGUUGCUCAGACUCCGAGUUUGUCGAGCUUACUCAUGUUGAUUACUAUGGGUUUGAUCUCAACUUCAGCCAACCUGCUUCUUAUGAACAGUGUAGGGAACUUUGCUUGGAAGAUUGCCGUUGUCAGGGAUUUAGCUAUAGACUUACUGGUGAAGGGAUGUGUUUCACAAAAAGUGCCCUUUUUAAUGGAUUCAGGUCUGUUGAUUUCCCAGCUAGCAUACAUCUUCGAGUACCAAGAGGAAGUGUGCAGACACUGAAUUCUGUAAUCGGCCUUAAUGUGUCUCGUCUUGAUUGUGGAAUCGAUGGGCAAGGUAGAGUAGUUGUAUUGCCCAACACAUAUGAUAUCACAAAUCAAAGAUUCAAGUGGGUUUAUGUGUAUUCAUUUAAUAUCAGCAUUGGUGCACUUGAAGUAGUCCUUUUAGCAGUAGGGUGGUGGUUUCUUUUCAGGACGCAUGAUCUUUCAUCUUCAUUGGAAGAUGGAUAUCGUGCCAUUUCUAAUCAGUUUAGGAGCUUUAGUUACAACGAGCUCAAGGCUGCAACAAGAAAAUUCAAGGAAGUUAUAGGACAAGGAGGGUUCGGUGCUGUUUACAAGGGUAUUCUGGCAGAUGAGAGAGUAGUUGCUGUGAAGAAACUUGGAGAUGUGGUUCAAGGAGAGGAAGAAUUUUGGGCAGAAGUGAGCACAAUUGGUAAAAUCAACCAUAUGAAUCUAGCUAGAAUGUGGGGUUUUUGUUCCGAGAGAAAGCAUAGACUCUUGGUUUAUGAGUACGUAGAGAAUGGAUCUUUGGACAAACAUUUAUUCUCAAGCAAGACCUUUUUGGAUUGGAAAGAGAGAUUCAAAGUUGCAAUAGGCACGGCUAAAGGCUUAGCUUACCUUCAUCAUGAGUGUCUAGAAUGGGUUAUCCAUUGUGAUGUUAAACCCGAAAAUAUACUCUUAGAUGGGGAUUUUGAGCCAAAGAUUUCAGAUUUUGGCCUCGCAAAGUUAAGUCAAAGAGGUAGUCAGGGUUCAUCUGAGUUCACCAGGAUCAGAGGUACAAAAGGUUAUAUGGCUCCUGAAUGGGCAAUGAAUCUUCCCAUUACAGCAAAGGUUGAUGUCUAUAGUUAUGGUGUUGUUCUUCUAGAGCUCGUUAAGGGAAUCCGACUAUCAAGUUUGGUGGUAGAUGAUCAUAAUGCCUUCCAGGAAGUAUCUGAACUUGUAAGAUUUGUGACAUUGGCUAAAAAAGAAAUGCAAAAUGGAGAAGAUUUAUGGGUAGAAGACUUGGUCGACCAACGAUUGGAAGGAAAGUUCAGCAGGAAUCAAGCUGCUAUGAUGAUUGAAGUUGGACUUUCUUGUGUAGAGGAUGAUAGAAAUAAAAGGCCAACCAUGGAAUCUGUUGUGCAAGUUCUCGCAGAUUGUGAGGAAGCAGUACUAGUGCACACUCUCGGCACUAUGUAGCUUUAAUUUCUCUUAAUGUUCCUUUGAAUUUAGACUUGCAAAUAUUCAACUUUUACUUUGAAUGUAUGAAACACAAAGGGUAAUACAAAUUACAAAUGGGGAAGGAGGUUCAAAUAUGUGACCUAAUAUACAAAUUACAGAUUAUUAGACAUUGACCAUUGUUGUCUGGAUCUUUUGCAAUUCUAUUUUCUUCUUUGUUUC